AACUUACGAAAAUGUUUCAAGAUCGCUAACUUACGAUACGUACUUGACCCGAUGAUAUGUCACGCUGGUUAAAAGCCUGAAAAUAGGCUACCGUCAUGCAAUCUGUUAAUUAUCGCGUAUCUCUACCUCCUGUGGUAUAUCUCAGGGAUGUUCUACCCAGGAUGCAUCGAGGCAACCGAUAGGUCGACAUUCAUGUGCUAGACUAUCGUCAACUUACUAUAGAGGGAUUUAUAGAGGUGGUUUUACCAUUACAGCCUUUGAGGCUCGUGUAAAUCCCGUCAACGAUAUUAUAUGUCUUGCAUAGUGAAGCAUAUUCUAUGGAAAGAGAGAGGGGGGAGAUAGAAUCCAUUGGCGUUACUCCAAUUCUAAAUGUUUCUCCUUCUUGAAGAUCAUUUUUAUUGAAUCAAUGCAUAUUUACAAUAACGAUGAAACAGUAGCCAAUUUGAUCCUGAGGAAAAAAAAAAAAAAAAAAAAAACAAGAAAGAAAAGCAAGAGUAAGAGAAUGUGUCGUUGACUGAAAGUUAUGCGUUGGUAAAAUUAUGAAAUGUUUUGUUAAGAGAUUGGUUACAUCGAAGCUAGCUAGUUAAAGAAUUGAAAUACGAAUAACUCGACGUUACGAGAAAUUUAAAGGAAAAAGAAAAAAAUAUCCCGAAGGUCAUUCGGAUAUAAAACGAUGUUAAACUAAAUUUACGCACUACGUUCGACGAUCAUGCGAUAUAAUACACAUGUACGGCUCGUUUGUGUUCCACUUUUCUUUCAUUCCUUUUUAUUUAACCACGAAUCGUUAUUUAACUCUGUUGCAUAAACGUAAAAACGACGUUAAUUGUGACGGUUGCAAGGAUAAUCUUUCGAAAUGAGAAAAAUAAUGUUAAUGGAGUAACGUGAUGUCCUCACAUUGCCAGGCCAACGAAUUAAAUUUUCCCCGCGAUAGGAGAACUUUACAAGGCAUUGCUCUUCGGAGAAUGAAGAUAUCGAUCGACGUGAGAGUCGAUGGGGAAACAAUGUAACUCGUUCUCGAGUUACGAUUCAAGUUUUUCUUUAAACGUUUAAAGAAUUCCUCCUAGCGAUAAUGCAAGACAAUGAAUGCUCAACACCUGCUGCUUGGUUAUAUUCAACGGUGAAUACAUAUGUACAUAUAUGUAGGUAUAUACCGAUCAACGAAAUUAUCUAUUAGAAAUCUUGACAGCUUCAACGCGAGUCAGAGCGAUCGUUUUGUUGGUAGGAAACGAGCAACGCGCAACAAAUGCGCGUAGAAACGAUUCCAAGACGGAGAUAGGUAUAUCUAUAUAAGGAAUAUAAGGAAACUGAACGAGAGCCUCGAACGUAAAUUCAAAUGAUGAGAGAAAGAGUAGGGCGUAAAUAAUAGUGGUAGGGAGAGAUUCGAGGAAUCUCGUAGAGACCUCAAUGGUUAUGCACUCGUUAGUCGAGCGAGAACCGUUGCCGGAAUGACCUCGCUUAUCUAAACUCGCGCUCAAGCCUCACUUCUUCCAUUCUUACCUCCUUGUCUUUUUUUUCUACUUUUUAUCUUUUCCUUUUCUUUUCUUCUUUUUCCCCCUCCAAGCUCCACUCAGAGAUUCAACGUUCACGAGGACGUAUUUGCUAGCCUCCUCGUAACGAUCCGUGUGCGCGGUCCGUACGCGAAAAUCUAAUAAUACGCGUGCGUGUCCCAUAUAGAUUCCGUAUUAUUGACGUGUACGUAUGUACAUACGUGUCUGCCUGCGUUUAACGAGUCAACUGUGUGUACAAGAAAAAGGUCAAAUAAUUCGUAUAUCGAAACGAAGCCGAAAUCGAUCGAAUUGAAGAGUGGGCUUUGGUAGAAAGCACUCGUUAAGUGCUUCAACGGUGACAAAAACGUCGUCCUCUUCUUCGUUAAUUUCGCUUAACAUCGAGCGCCGUGCAAAAGCACCCACACACCUCCUCGCGCAUCUUACUUUCCUGUUACAAUAUCAAGGAAAUAAAAUACGCUCGUUCGUUUGUUCUUUUCGCGAGAACGGGAGUCAAAACGAUAGGAACAGAAAAGGAAAACGAAAAGUGAAAUCGUGGCGUACGUCGCUCGGAGAUAUACAUCGAAGAGAGAAACGUUGUUGGCGCCUCGUCUAAUCGCCUGGCACGAUGGCUUGCAAAGUUACUAAGUUCUCUCAGAAGAUCUAUGUGUGUGUCUCUCUCUCUCUCUCUCUCUCUCUCUCUGUCUGCCCCCUGAAGCAGCCCGAACGAUGGCCGAUCCACGCGGCUUCAAACCAAUAAAUCAGUUGUGGCAGAGCGUGGCAGUAUCAACGGAUCCAGAUUCGGAAUACUUAUACGAAGAGAUCUCGGGCCUUUCGGGGUCCCAGGAUACCGAGGUAAGGCCGGCGGGGGCCGCCGUCGUUGGGGAGGAGGAAGAGGAAGAGGAGGAAGAAGAAGAGGGAGGAGAGGGAGCAGAAGAGGAGGAGGAGGAGGAGGAGGAGGAAGAGGAAGAAGAGGAGGAGGAGGAGGAGGACGAGGAGGAGGAGGAGGAAGAGAGAGGACUCGAACGACAAAAAGAAAUUGGUAGCAGCAGAAGUAACAGAGGUUGGUGGAGAUAUCACGAUACUGAGAGUAUCGGCACCACCACCAUCGCGACUAGCAAGAAAACAGGCGACUCGAGGUCGCGAAGCAGAUCGGCCGACAGGCCAUCAUCGAGUGAGAGGAAAAAUAUCGGUAGCAGGGUGGAGGAGGAGCAGUAUGCCGCGCGUAGGAGUUACGUGGAGUCCGGUACAGGAGCCGUACUGCCACCUCCUGCGACCGCUCUCAAGCUGACCAGGGAGCGAACAAGCAGUAGCACCGUUGCUCGGUACCUGCACUCGGCCAGUACCAAUACCGGCCAACAUUAUCACCAUCAUCAUCACGGCUUACAUAGCAAACAUCCGCCCGGAGGUGCGACUAGGCCGAGCGUUAGGCACCAUCAUCAGCAUCGCUCAAGCCGCGGAUUUUUCAGUAAUGAGACGCAGGAAGAGAUACAGGAGGACGAUGAAGCUACUCUACGGGAGUUGCUUGUAAGUCUGCAGAAACAGGUCAGCGUUAUGAGUAUGAACUUGAGUGCCAAGUUGGACGAGCUGCAGCGGGGUGACCGCCAGCUGGAGACUACUGUCGCCCUGUGUGAGAUACGCACGCAGCUACAGGAGCUCACCAAAAGUGUUGAGUCUUGCCAGAGCGAAGUCAGCGAGGUGAAGAGGGAUAUGGUUGCGAUUAAGCACGAGCUAGACACCGUGCAGCAAGUAAAGGAGGAGAUAGAGGAGUUACGAGAAUAUGUAGAUCGUCUGGAAGAGCAUUCACACCGGCGAAAACUCAGACUGUUGGAACAGGGCUUAACAUUUUUCUUAUCGUAUGCGAUAUUGGCGGCUGUUUUGGGCAUGUUGCAAUUUGGAUAUAACACAGGAGUCAUUAACGCACCCGAAGUGAAUAUAGAGAAUUUUAUGAAAGAUGUGUAUAAAAAUAGAUACGGAGAGGAUAUUACUGAUGAUUCUGUUAAAAAACUAUAUUCUAUAGCGGUGAGCAUAUUUGCAAUUGGUGGUAUGCUAGGUGGUUUUAGCGGAGGAAUAAUUGCCAACAGAUUUGGCAGAAAGGGGGGCUUACUGCUAAACAACGUGCUGGGCAUCGUGGGGGCAUGCCUGAUGGGUUGUACAAAGAUUGCUCACUCUUACGAAAUGUUGUUCUUUGGACGGUUCAUCAUCGGUGUUAAUUGUGGCUUAAAUACCUCAUUGGUUCCCAUGUACAUAUCGGAGAUAGCACCACUGAACCUAAGAGGUGGCCUAGGCACGGUGAACCAGCUCGCUGUUACGGUGGGCCUCCUGGUCUCCCAGGUGCUGGGCAUCGAGCAAAUCCUUGGGACAAACGAGGGUUGGCCUGUUCUCUUAGGAUUAGCUAUCUGUCCUGCCAUUCUACAACUAUUAUUGCUUCCAAUAUGUCCCGAAUCUCCGAGAUACUUACUUAUUACUAAACAAUGGGAGGAAGAAGCACGGAAAGCUUUAAGAAGAUUAAGAGCUAGCAAUCAGGUAGAGGAAGAUAUCGAAGAGAUGAGAGCAGAGGAAAGAGCUCAACAAGCUGAAUCCACGAUCUCUAUGACAGAGCUUAUAUGUAGUCCAACGUUAAGAGCACCUCUUGUAAUUGGUGUGGUCAUGCAACUCUCGCAACAGCUAUCUGGUAUUAAUGCCGUAUUUUACUAUUCCACGAGUUUGUUCACCAGUUCAGGUUUAACAGAGGAAAGUGCUAAAUUUGCAACCAUAGGCAUAGGUGCCAUUAUGGUUGGUAUGACGCUAGUUUCGAUCCCACUUAUGGAUAGGACAGGAAGGCGUACCUUACAUUUGUAUGGUCUUGGUGGCAUGUUUAUCUUUUCAAUAUUCAUCACAAUUUCGUUUCUAAUAAAGGAGUUUUUUGGUUACGUACAGGAAAUGAUUGACUGGAUGUCCUAUCUAUCGGUUGUAUCGACGCUUAGUUUCGUGGUAUUUUUUGCUGUGGGGCCUGGAUCUAUUCCUUGGAUGAUUACAGCAGAGUUGUUUUCGCAAGGCCCUAGACCUGCUGCUAUGUCCAUUGCAGUACUUGUCAAUUGGAUGGCUAAUUUUUUGGUUGGCAUUGGUUUUCCAAGCAUGAAGUCUAGCCUUGAAAACUACACGUUCCUACCGUUCAGUGCAUUCCUAGCCAUCUUCUGGAUCUUCACUUACAAGAAGGUUCCUGAGACCAAAAAUAAAACCUUUGAAGAGAUUCUAGCUUUAUUCAGACAUGGUAACGACAGGAGCAGCUUGCGAGACAGCAGACUUUACGGGAGCAUGCUAAACUGUGUGAAUGCAUUAGAGGGACACAUACCGCCAGCAGAGAGUGCAGCCCUGAUGGUGGCAGAAGAGAAGCCACAUCCAGAUUCAUUUGUGUUUGCAGCUGGAUCCGAGCGAUCUUCCGUCGCUCCCGCUCAACCGGAGAGGCCACCGCCCCCGCUUCCCCCGCCACGCUUUCCGAACAGCGGUGUCUGACAAUGGGAAAUAACUCCUCUUAAUAUUGGUAAUCUGAUGAUCAUGAACACUCCUAUUCCACUACCAUUGCUACUCACCACGAACAGUCUCAACCUGGAAAGUCAGCUCUACGAGAUUAUCACGGAGAGUAGCAAAGCUUGUGCGGUCUUUUUGAGGAACAGCUUACGUCGCGCUGCAAAUGCAACGAACUUCGGAUGGAGCUACGUCGAGAACUUGGAGCGCGCCAGGACCUACGAAGAAUCCUAAAGAGAGAGAGAGAGAGAGAGAGAGAGAGAGAGAGAGAGAGAGAGAGAGAGAGAGAGAGAGAAAUAAUUAUGCCGACGAUGGAUGAACGCGAAUAAGUUCAGAGAACUCUCGAUGAAAAGAUACCACGGAUGAACGAAUGUCAAAGAAAAAAAGAAAGAAACAGAGAGAGAGAGAGAGAGAGAGAGAGAGAGAGAGAGAGAGAGAGAGCGAGUUUAGUUUCGUUAAAAAGAGCUGCGAAAAAAGUGAUUUGUGCCUAAGACGUGACAUAUUCGAGAGGAGGAGGAGGAGGAGGAGAAAGAGAGGAUAUUCCGAAACCCGCAAUAGAGUAAUGCGUUAUAGUGCAAGGUAUCGAAAGACAAUUUAAAUUUCGAAAAAAGCGCGGGAGAAAUUCCCUCUCCCUAUCUCCCCUCACUUUUCUUUUUCCAUAUUUCUCAUAUGUAUCGUCCCUCUCCUCGAUCGUUCACCGUUUCAAAUAAACGCAUAAUACCUCAUCUAAUUCACUUUUCUAUCGUUGAUUUCGAAGUAAUUUUUGACAAAUGUAAAGCUUCUUCCAUCAUCAUUUUCAUCGCUUUCGAGAAAGAAGAAAUAUCGUUCGUAAGAUUUAUGAUCGUUCCUGAUAUAUUCACGAAAGAUAUUGAUUCUUUUCUAGCGAUCGCAAAACAGCGAUCGAUCGUGCAACGAAAAAACUUUUACGAGCUAAAGUACGAUUAUAUUCCUUCUUGUCGAAACAAAAUUUGCAAAAUAAGACGCGCGCUACAUUUCUACGAUCCUUUCGAAAAUUAGUUUCAUUCGCAUAUGAGAGAUGGCGUGAUCGCCGUUAAAAACGCGGGUCGCGUUAACUGAUUAAUAAUAUAAUGAAAUGUACUUCUUUUGUUUUUAAUUAAAGAACAUCGGAAAUUAUAUAUAAAUCCUUUGUAUUUGAGAAAAUGAUACGAAAAUCCAUAAGUUGGAAGCAUAAAAGUGGCGCGCGUCGUGCGCAAGAUUAAUAGUAAUAAAAAAAAGAAAAAAGAAAAAAAAGAAAAGAAAAGAAAAAGAAAAAGAAAAAAAAAGACGAAAAAAAAGAUAAAAGAAAAAAAAAACAAUGGUACCCGCUUAUAGACGAUUUAUCUUGAACAUUUCUUAGAAGCUGAUGCCUCUUCAAAGAAAUAUAAAAAGAUCAUCGAAACGCGAUAGCGAGCAAGGCAUGCUUUUUCUUAUUUAAACUCAAUCAUCGAACUUUCUAACCUAAUCGAAACUUAUGACCGUUCGAUUUGAAGCAGGUUUCGUGUAAAAAUAAAAAGAAGAAAAAAAAAGAAAAAGAAAAAAAGAAGGAAAGAGUAAAAGAAGAAAAAAAGUUGAAAGGAAAGAAAAUCUUUCUGCAUUUACGUGUACAUAAUAUGUAUAUACUUGUAUACUUUGACUAUACCUAUCAUAUUAUAUAUUAAAUUAGAGAAGUAAAUGUAUAAUAAUCUCGUCUUUCGCAACGAUACACGCCCGUUUUCUCCGUUAAAUUCUCAUAUACAAGCUUUGUCAAAAGGAGAAACAAUGAACAACAGUAAUAUAUUUAAAGGGUACUGCACAGAAUUGACACAGUUUUUAUUUGAAAUGCCUCGAUUAAAAUUGUUUGUCAUUGUCGUUAAUGAUUUGAUUGACGAUCAUUAUUUUUCAAAAGAACGGAUUCGCAUAUAAUAAUCAUAAAGAAGAUAUUCCAACAGUUUAAUAUCCGUAUAUUAUUAUUAGACUUUUCCUUGUAAGAAAGAGAAAGGGAAAACAUUUACUCCUAUUUUGUUCUUUAAAAAAUGCUCUCGAAAUGCUCGUUAAUCAUAUGCAUACGUACAUAUAUAUGUACAUAGGUCGGAAAAAGGAAUAAGACAGAUUCUUUUGACUAAUUGAACUUAACGAAAUCUUUACGAAGCAAAUCUUUCCUAUAGUAAUCGAAGUAAGAGAACGAACGUAUUCGUAUGUUGAACGAACUCUUUGAAAUGUAAUAUGGCAUAAAUGCAAUAUGGUGUUUUAGAAUAGACACUCAAGAAACUCUCAAUGAACAAUGAAACUUCGGACAGUGCACUGCAAGAUGUAAUGUAAAAAAGAUAAUGAUAAAGAUAAAGAGAACGAAAAAGAAAAGAGAAUACUUUUAAUCCUAAGCUGUCCACGACAUACAGAAAUCAAUAAGAAAGGCAAUAAAAAAUCAAGUGAACCGAAGAUAAACGCUAAAGUAGAUUUCCUUGCAUUUACGCGCGAUGGUGUUAUCAAAUUCAACAUUAUUGAUAUUAUCAAAUUUAACAAUAUUUAGGCUAGGUGCAUAUACACGUAUAAAGGUUAUUAGUAACUAAGUAGUUAGUAGUGUUACGUAUCAAAUUAAUAAAAUAAAUGAUCGAAGAACAAAUUUAAAGAGUCGUAAGGGAAAAACGUGUGUCAGACGAACGAAAUUGUACGUCUUUUUACUUACAUUACUAAUGGCUGUACAAUAAUUACGGACCGAGUAUUGCUAGCAUAUCCAUUUUUUAAAUCAUUACAAGCUUAUAAACAAAUAAUACGUAUAUACAUAUGUGUAUGUAUGUGAGCGUGUACACACGCGCGCGCGCAUAUAUAUAUAUAUAUACAUACAUAUAUACAUAUAUAUAUAUAUAUAUAUAUAUAUAUAUAUAAAACACAUGCAUACGUAGACGCAGGACAAACACACGAUGACGACGACCCUGUAAAGGACAUUAUAAUAUUAUAGUUGCAAUUGCUUUGACUCAAACUAGAUAUGCGUCUUCGAUCGUAAAGUCGAUACUUCUUUUUUAAAAGAGUUUUGUUUUCAUCUUUCGAAUCAUUGAAAAUAAUUAACAUCGAUAACUUUUAUGACGCGUAAAUACAUCAUUCAAAGAUACACGCUAAUCAGAGAAUUCCUCCUCUGACAUGCCUUAAGGAAGAUUUGUCUAAGAAAAUGAUUUAAAUAAGGAUAUACUUUGGAAGUAUAUUUAAAGUAAAUUAUAAGUGUAUUUUUGUUCAAGACAAAACGUACAUAUACAUUUGGAUCUCUUUUUGAAUCUUUCCACUUACUGAGAAAAGGCAUGCCGCGCAUAUGUGUUCAUCGCGAAAUAUCGUUGAGUGUUCGUUGUCGUAAUAUAUUUCACUUUGAUUUAAGAUCGCACUGAAAUUAUAAGAAAUGUAAAAUUAAAAAUUGCACGUAUACAAACGAUGAUAUAACAGUCUACGCACAUACGGUCUACACACAUGCGCGCAGCACACAUUGAGACGCAAAAGAAAAAGGAAUAUUGCUUUAAAUCUACGCAAACGUGUAGUGCACUUAAUCUUUCGCAUAAUCGAAAAGUUUUUGAUGAUCGAUAAGUGAUACACAUUAUGCGUGGUAACGAUUAUAUUCGUUCAUAUUCGUUUUUAGCGAAUGAAUUAAUAUAUCGCGCACUUCUAACGUAUUCGAUAAACACGAUAGACGAGGUAGAACGAUCGCAUAAAUAGUUUCGAGUCAAUGAUGCGUAUUGUGCUCAUUGAAUAUUGCAACGUACAUAGAGCCUUACAAUGAAAAACUUGCAAGAGUCCAGCAAAGUGAGCGAUCACAAUAAAGAUUUGUAAAAUAGAUCACUGCCACUUUAACGACUUGCACUCUUAACAGAGUGCCAAUAUUCCAAAUGUGAAUGUGUACAGUUGUGUGAAAAAUACUUAUAUUUACAUAUGAUACUAAUUAGUAUUAUAUAAUAAAACUACCUAGCGUAUACAUACUAUAAGAGUGGUAUACAUACAUAGGAUAUGCAAAAGGAAAUCACUGAAUGCAGAGCUAUUAUAUUCGAAAAGGAAAACAACAUUUAUGCCUGCUCAUUUGUAUAUUAUAAUUAAAAGUUAGUACAGCCGUGUUUAUCCGCUAAAAAAAUGCCAAGUUCCAAUUCCAAUCUGUCAAUAGUAUCUUUAUCUUCCUUUGAUAAAGUUCUUUUAAUCUGAAAGGACGAUAAUUCAUAUUUUGCUCUUUCAUAUGGCUUUAAUUAAAUCUGAAUGAUGAUCGCAUUAUCGAUUCAUAUUGGAAAUUAAAUGCACAUCCAUUUUGCAAUGUUACUUUUUUUACAAUUUCAAAUUCUACAUUUGUUAAGUAUUGUAUAAUUGAGUUCUUUUUAUAAAUGCCCUAUAUUAUUCUCUGUGAAAAAUGUUUCAUUUAUACCUUUGUUGUAUUAAGACUAUAAUAGAUAGAAGAAGCGUUUGAAGCAUA